GUCUGCUUUUAACUUUCUCGCAGCAGUGACGUCUAGAUUGCGCGGGGGAUUAAAGAUUAGGGUCUGGAACAGCGGGCAGUCAUUGCAUAAUUAACUCCACGCAGAGGAAUCGAGUUAUUCCUCAGUCGCGCUGGAUACACUCGACAAAGUGGCACAACGUGGGCGGCGCGUUGUGGGGACGCUGUGCACCACCGCGGCGGCUCCGCGCAGGAGUCAGAAGCUGGAUGGGAAGCCGGGCGGACGUUAGGCUGUAGCUCGGGGAAACCUGCCGAGCAAACCAUGCGUGGAAAAGGAGUUUUAGUUCGUGGGCAGCUUUAAAGGUGCGAUAGUGUUUGUCGGAAGGUGCGCGCGUCUCCAGUCUGGAUUCCGGUCCUGUUCACGGAGGCAGCGAUUUCACGGGAAACCGACCCUACCAGAGAGGUGACAGGCUGCUACACCCCAGCUCCGCAGCUCCUCAUUAAAUGAUCCUGACAGUGUCUAACCUCUGACAUUACCCGGACAUCUACACCCGGCCUGGCCACGCGGUUGUAUUUUUCUUUUCUGGGUAUAGUUCAGUCAACACCAUCAGAAAACUGCGCUGCUGGGACUUUUUCCACUCUCAGUCACAAGGAUAAAAUACUUCAGUGAAGUAACAAGAAGACAUUUAGUUCCACACAUGGAAAUUAUGUGAAAAAUAAAAGGUCUGGAAAUGCGUCGCAAAUGCUUUUAUCUGCUGGAGGUGUGUGCCAUCAUGAGCCUCCUGCCGUCAGCCUCGUUAGCAGAUCUGACAUGUGAAGCUCUGCUCAUGCUGUCGGGGAACGUCUCAUUGCAGUCCCUGGCCGCCACCUGGAACCAAACCCUGAGUAACGCCACAAGCCAAUGGAGCGGCUCGGGAAUCUACUGUGAAACCUCCAUCGAUGGGAUCGGCACCUGCUGGCCCAGGAGCAGCGCGGGGCAGCUGGUGGCGCGACCCUGUCCUGAGAUGUUUUACGGCGUCCGGUACAACACCACCAAUAAUGUUUAUAGGAGAUGUCUUGCAAAUGGGACAUGGGCGUUGAAGGGGAACUACUCCAUGUGUAAGGCCAUCCUUCACGAGGAGAAAAAAAGCAAGAUGCACUACCAAAUAGCCGUGAUCAUAAACUUCCUGGGUCACUGCAUCUCCAUGGUGGCGCUGCUCAUAGCCUUCUUCCUCUUCUUGUGUUUGAGGAGCAUCCGCUGCCUGAGAAACAUCAUCCACUGGAACCUCAUAACCGCCUUCAUCCUGAGGAACGCCACCUGGUUCAUCGUCCAAAUGACCAUGAGCCCCGAGGUGCACGAGAGCAACGUGAUAUGGUGUCGCCUUGUGACCGCCUCCUUCAACUAUUUCCACUCCACCAACUUCUUUUGGAUGUUUGGAGAGGGCUGCUACCUCCACACCGCCAUCGUCCUCACCUACUCCACCGACAAGCUCCGCAAGUGGAUGUUCAUCUGCAUCGGCUGGUGUAUACCAUUCCCGAUAAUCGUGGCAUGGGCCAUCGGGAAGCUCUACUACGACAAUGAGAAGUGCUGGUUUGGGAAGCGAGCUGGCGUGUACACCGACUACAUCUAUCAAGGUCCCAUGAUUCUGGUUUUAGUGAUCAAUUUUAUUUUCCUCUUCAACAUCGUGCGAAUCCUGAUGACCAAACUGCGAGCCUCUACAACAUCAGAGACAAUCCAGUACAGGAAAGCCGUGAAGGCCACGCUCGUCCUUCUCCCCCUCCUGGGAAUCACCUAUAUGCUGUUUUUUGUCAACCCAGGGGAAGAUGAGAUCUCUCAAAUCGUCUUCAUCUACUUCAACUCCUUCUUGGAAUCCUUCCAGGGCUUCUUUGUGUCAGUAUUUUACUGCUUCCUAAACAGCGAGGUGCGCUCAGCCGUGAGGAAGCGCUUCCACCGAUGGCAGGAGCAGCACUCGAUCCGAGCCAGGAUGACCCAGGCCAUGUCCAUCCCCACUUCACCUUCACGGGUCAGCUUUCACAGCAUCAAGCAGUCCACGUCGCUAUGAAAGAGGAAACCAGCUUCGUCCUACAUGCUCGCGCUUUGGGAGAAACCUCCAGCUGUCAUUGUCAUCGUUUUCUGCCACAUCACUGGAGUAACACUAAAACACUUUCUGCGGCUAGAGAUCUAGAGAGAGGCUGCAUCAGUCUCCUAAACCUCAGGAGGGACAUUACACAGACUUUCAGGAGAAAAUGGAUGGGUACAGGCGGGAGAGGACAUUGCAGUGUUUGUGAAAAUGGGAGGUUAGUGGAUCAAAAAGAUGCACGUGACCAAGCUGAUGAGUGUGUACUGGAGUUUGAAUGUACAGCACUUGUUUAAUUGUCUGUCGUUUCCCCGCUGGCACUUUGUUUUUGUUAACAUCGCCAUCAUGAUUGAGGAUUUAUGCUCCUGGACUGCACCGAGCUGGAUUCCAUCUCAGCAGAGUCAUGUGCUAGCAGGGGCCAGUGACUAAGUCGUUACUUAUCCUGAGAUUUUAUUUUCAGGUUUUUAUUUUUCUCUCAAGCAGCUGUCUGGUUCUGGUGUUUGUUUAUUUGAUGUUGUGCUUUCUUCCUCUGUUCUCAGCUCGGUGCGCUCGUGUUGCUUCCAUCGACUUUCCAGGAAGGUUAAACACAUUCCAUAAUUCCUACCUGAAGAGUUUUGUUCCAGAAAAAGCAGACACAUUUACAGCUUUUACGGCUUUGAGUAACCUCCAAGUGACCCACUGGGAACAUUUAUGACCCUCCGUGUAUAUUUCUGUGACAACUUUAAUUGUUUUCUGCAAGAAGUGGCCCAUUGGGAUGGCAGUGUUUGUCUUCUAUUUACAUUUUCCACCUUUAAUCGCUGCAUUGUGACAGUAACAGACUAAGAGCAGCGUGAUUUAGUGCUGCAGAAGCCCAACGAGGCAAUGAAAACAGCUCAACUGAUGGAGAAGAUUCAGGUUAACUCCCAUAAUUUCUUACCUCUUAACACUUAAGAAUAUUUGUCAUAGAUAAAGGAACCAUAGUAUAAUAUUAUAAAGAUCUAAUCUAAAAAAAACAAACAAUUUAUUCUGGUAUAAAAUCUAAUGGGGUCAUAAAUGACCCUACUUAGUCACUUUAGUGGCUAUAGUAGCUCAGCUACCUGAGGUUUAAGGUUGCUGUCGGUUAGUCUCACAUCAUUUGUCUCCUUUCUGAGCUCAGGUGACUUCUUAGUCGAGCACAAAGAGUGAAAGUGGAGGAAAUAGCCUUUUGCUGCAGAAUAAUUACAUGGCAUAACUCUCGCUUAAAGCACAAGCUAUCAUGUUUAUGCUUCUAUUGAUGUACAGAUUAAACAGGCGGGUCGAUACAUGAUAAUUAGGGCGGUUUAUGGUGGCUGUGGUUGAGGUGAUGGAGGUAUGUCCACUAAUUGAAUUUAAAAUCCUCCUCCUCACAUACAAAGUCCUGGAUGAUCAGGCCCCAUCAUAUCUUAAAGACCUCUGAGCACCGCAUUAUCCCAAUAGAGCACUUCACGCUCAGUGAAAAGAACCUUGAGAUGACUGUUUCUGUGAACUGGCGCUAUAUAUGUAGGAUUUAAUCUAACUAAAUUAAUUGCAGGGUUAGCUGUCCAGUCUUCAGCUCCCCCUAUAAUAAAACCCUGGACUGAAAUGGCAUGUGAUAAAAAUCUGUUGGAUAAGCGAAUUCCAUUCAGCUUCAUAAGUGCAUAUUUCUAUAUAUAGCUAGCCUUUGCCCCUUUGACUACAGCUGCUGUGCCAAGUAAGGCUAAUCACUUCCUGGCUCUAGCUCACAUUGGGGCAAAAAAUGGUCAUAACGUCCCUACAGACCAUUUCAAUCUGGCCCCAAACAGAGGAAAAUCAAAAAAAAAAAAACUGAAUAAGAAUCAUCACUCAAACAUCUCAAGGUGAUUGUCUGCUAUGACUGUGUGUGGUUAUCAAAUGCUGACACAACAGUUAGUUGGAAUUUUCUUUUAUUGUAACCUGUAACAAUGGUUUCUAUUCAGCUACAGAGACGUGUAGCCUUUCUUCUAAUUUAUCUUACUGAUAAUUUAUGGUUCCUGUCUCUGCGCCUGCAGAUCUGCCUCAGUAAUAAUUGGUAGAGGUUUUUUUGUGCCGAUUUGACCUACUUUGGCCUGAGAAGUUGGCUGCAUUCAGACCAUCUCUGAAUCACGUGUGAUGACCUGAAUUUGGCUAAGAUGUAGAUCUGGUUCAGCUUCAGACUCAUUGGGACUCUUGGGUGUCUCUUUGGCUGUGAUUUUACUCCUGGCACACUGGCUCUGGACCAUCUUGAAGCCAGACCAGUUUGGAUACAUGUGUACUCAGAAAGUGCACACAUGGCAUAUUUUGUUUUCUAUACACACACACAGUAACCAUGCAUGUUUCUCACAUAUUCUCAUCAUCUUAUCCAAACUAAAUUUACCUAGAAAGAAUAAACCUUUGUGGGCAGAAAAACAAUAUUAACAACAGAAAGUUAAUGUGGCAACAUACAUUAAAUUCUAGAUAUAAGAAAGACAUUUGAACAUUUAAGCUAGGCUUCUUCUUUUUUUUUUUUUUAAAUUAACCCACUUUCAAAAGAUCAAAUGUUUAAUUAUUUAAUUGAGAAAGAAUUAGUAUAAUACCUGUGAAAUUAUUUAUAUUUUCUCUCUGGCACUAGAAAAACAUAAGUCUAAGCAUAAGAGAAGCAGCUACUAAAUGCUUCACUGUGUUCACCAACUCUGUUUGUUUACAGCUGAAAGAAACAAAAGAAAGAAAAACAAAAGAAUCAGAAUAUUUAAAACCCAAAACUAUGACCUGAAAG